UGUCUCUCCGGCUACUUGCACAACUGGAGCCAGAGCUACUAACUAUACUUGCUUCUUCCUAUAAGUCACACAUGUACGCGGUUGUCACUCAAAGAGCGCAAACGCAGAGUCAGCUAAAGUCCUCCUCACACGAAACCUCCUGCACACACUAUGGCUGCACCACUCGCAAAAGGUGGAAGCAACUGUAAUGUCCAUCCAUUGAUGAGCGGAUACUGCAAACGUGUUCUCGCCAUACAGCGGAAAAGUACUCGGCAAAAAAGGAACGCAGCACUGAUGACAGGCCGCCACACACGUGAACGAUGAACACAUUCAGAGAAAGCAGCCAGACACAAGAGGCCGCGUAUUCCGAGAUCCCGUUUAUAGGAAAUGCCCAGAAUAGGCAGAUCCAUGGAGACAGAAACAGGAUGGAUGGCAAGCGGCGGCCAGGCCCAGGUCCCGGGGUGCCCCCAAAGCGGGCCCGUGGGAGCCUCUGGGAUGAUGAUGAUGCACAUCAGCCAUCCCAAUUCGAGGAGGACCUGGCACUGAUGGAGGAGAUGGAGGCAGAGCACAGGCUGCAGGAGCAGGAGGAGGAGGAACUGCAGUCAGUCCUAGAGGGGAUUGCAGAUGGGCAGUUCCCACCGUCAGCCAUAGAUCCUCGCUGGUGUCGGCCCACACCACCCGCCCUGGACCCCCAGACAGAGCCCCUUAUCUUCCAACAGCUGGAGAUUGACCAUUAUGUGGGCCCAGCGCAGCCUGUGCCUGGCGGGCCCCCACUGUCCCGCGGCUCCGUGCCUGUGCUCCGCGCCUUCGGGGUCACCGAUGAGGGGGUCUCUGUCUGCUGCCACAUCCACGGCUUCGCUCCCUACUUCUACACCCCAGCGCCCCCUGGUUUCAGGCCCGAGCACCUGGGUGACUUGCAGCGGGAGCUAAACUUGGCCAUCAGUCGGGACAAUCGCGGGGGGAAGGAGCUGACCGGGCCGGCCGUGCUGGCCGUGGAGCUGUGCUCCCGAGAGAGCAUGUUUGGGUACCACGGGCACGGACCCUCCCCAUUCCUGCGCAUCACCCUGGCACUGCCGCGCCUUGUGGCCCCGGCCCGCCGUCUCCUGGAACAGGGCAUCCGUGUGACAGGCCUGGGCACGCCCAGCUUCGCGCCCUACGAGGCCAAUGUCGACUUUGAGAUCCGGUUCAUGGUGGACACAGGCAUCGUCGGCUGCAACUGGCUGGAGCUCCCAGCCGGGAAAUACACCCUGAGGCUGAAGAAGAAGGUGCAGGGCUUCCCAGGGCAGGGCCUGCUGCCACUGCUGACCCACCCAUGCCCACAGGCUACGCAGUGCCAGCUGGAGGCAGAUGUGCUGUGGUCUGACGUGGUCAGUCACCCACCGGAAGGGCCGUGGCAGCGCAUUGCACCCUUGCGCGUGCUCAGCUUUGAUAUCGAGUGCGCUGGCCGCAAAGGCAUCUUCCCUGAGCCUGAGCGGGACCCAGUCAUCCAGAUCUGCUCGCUAGGCCUGCGCUGGGGGGAGCAGGAGCCCUUCCUGCGCCUGGCGCUCACCCUGCGGCCCUGUGCCCCUAUCCUGGGCGCCAAGGUGCAGAGCUACGAGAAGGAGGAGGACCUGCUACAGGCCUGGUCCACCUUCAUCUGCAUCAUGGACCCCGACGUGAUCACCGGUUACAACAUCCAGAACUUCGACCUUCCAUACCUCAUCUCUCGGGCCCAGACCCUCAAGGUACAAACAUUCCCUUUCCUGGGCCGUGUGGCUGGCCUUCGCUCCAACAUCCGGGAGUCGUCAUUCCAGUCCAAGCAGACGGGCCGGCGGGACACCAAGGUGGUCAGCAUGGUGGGCCGUGUGCAGAUGGACAUGCUGCAGGUGCUGCUGCGGGAGUACAAGCUCCGCUCCUACACGCUUAAUGCCGUCAGCUUCCACUUCCUGGGCGAGCAGAAGGAGGACGUGCAGCACAGCAUCAUCACCGACCUGCAGAAUGGGAACGACCAGACCCGCCGCCGCCUAGCCGUGUACUGCCUGAAGGACGCCUAUCUGCCGCUGCGGCUGCUGGAGCGGCUCAUGGUGCUGGUGAACGCCGUGGAGAUGGCGAGGGUCACUGGCGUGCCCCUCAGCUACCUGCUCAGCCGUGGUCAGCAGGUCAAGGUCGUAUCCCAGCUGUUGCGGCAGGCUAUGCACGAGGGGCUGCUGAUGCCCGUGGUGAGGUCGGAGGGUGGCGAGGACUACACGGGAGCCACUGUCAUCGAGCCCCUCAAAGGGUACUACGACGUCCCCAUCGCCACCCUGGACUUCUCCUCGCUGUACCCGUCCAUCAUGAUGGCCCACAACCUGUGCUACACCACGCUCCUGCGACCCGGGGCUGCGCAGAAACUGGGCCUGACUGAGGAUCAGUUCAUCAAGACGCCCACCGGGGACGAGUUUGUGAAGACCUCAGUGCGGAAGGGGCUGCUGCCCCAGAUCCUGGAGAACCUGCUCAGUGCCCGGAAGAGGGCCAAGGCCGAGCUGGCCAAGGAGACAGACCCCCUGCGGCGCCAGGUCCUGGAUGGACGGCAGCUGGCGCUGAAGGUGAGCGCCAACUCCGUAUAUGGCUUCACCGGCGCCCAGGUGGGCAAGUUGCCAUGCCUGGAGAUCUCACAGAGCGUCACGGGGUUCGGACGUCAGAUGAUUGAGAAAACCAAGCAACUGGUGGAGUCAAAGUACACAGUGGAGAAUGGCUACAGCACCAGCGCCAAGGUGGUGUAUGGUGACACCGACUCCGUCAUGUGCCGAUUCGGUGUGUCCUCGGUGGCUGAGGCGAUGGCUCUGGGGCGAGAGGCCGCGGACUGGGUGUCAGGUCACUUCCCGUCGCCCAUCCGGCUCGAGUUUGAGAAGGUCUACUUCCCAUACCUGCUUAUCAGCAAGAAGCGCUACGCGGGCCUGCUCUUCUCCUCCCGGCCCGACACCCAUGACCGCAUGGACUGCAAGGGCCUGGAGGCCGUGCGCAGGGACAACUGCCCCCUCGUGGCCAACCUGGUCACUGCCUCACUGCGCCGCCUGCUUAUCGACCGAGACCCCGAGGGCGCGGUGGCCCAUGCACAGGACGUCAUCUCGGACCUGCUGUGCAACCGCAUCGACAUCUCCCAGCUGGUCAUCACCAAGGAGCUGACCCGCGCGGCCUCCGACUAUGCCGGCAAGCAGGCCCACGUGGAGCUGGCCGAGAGGAUGAGGAAGCGGGACCCCGGGAGUGCGCCCAGCCUGGGCGACCGCGUCCCCUACGUGAUCAUCAGUGCCGCCAAGGGUGUGGCCGCCUACAUGAAGUCGGAGGACCCACUGUUUGUGCUGGAGCACAGCCUGCCCAUCGACACGCAGUACUACCUGGAGCAGCAGCUGGCCAAGCCCCUCCUGCGCAUCUUCGAGCCCAUUCUGGGCGAGGGCCGUGCCGAGGCUGUGCUACUGCGGGGGGACCACACGCGCUGCAAAACGGUGCUCAUGGGCAAGGUUGGCGGCCUCCUGGCCUUCGCCAAACGCCGCAACUGCUGCAUCGGCUGCCGCACAGUGCUCAACCACCAGGGAGCCGUGUGUGAGUUCUGCCAGCCCCGGGAGUCUGAGCUGUAUCAGAAGGAGGUAUCCCAUCUGAAUGCCCUGGAGGAGCGCUUCUCGCGCCUCUGGACACAGUGCCAGCGCUGCCAGGGCAGCCUGCACGAGGAUGUCAUCUGCACCAGGCUUGACGGGCCACACUUCAGCUGUCUGUACCCAGAUGGCGUCUUCUAUGACCUGGACAGCUGCAAGCAUUCCAGCUACCCUGACUCAGAGGGGGCUCCUGACUCCCUGUGGGACUGGACUGUGGCCCCACCUGUCCCAGCCGCCCCCUAUGAAGCCUUUGACCCAGCAGCAGCCGCUUUUAGCCACUCCCAGGCUGCCCAGCUCUGCUAUGGACCCCCCACCUACAGCCCUGCAGGGAACCUCGAACUGGCCCCCAGCCUGGAGGCCCCAGGGCCUGGCCUCCCUGCAUACCCCACGGAGGACUUCGCCAGCCAGACCCUGGGUUCCCCGGCAUAUGCCCCGUACCCCAGCCCCGUACUAUCAGAGGAGGAAGACUUACCGUUGGACAGCCCUGCCCUGGAGGUCUCAGACAGCGAGUCGGAUGAGGCCCUCGUGGCUGGCCCCGAGGGGAAGGGAUCCGAGGCAGGGACCCGUAAGAAGCUGCGCCUGUACCAGUUCCUGCUGGGGCUGCUGACGCGCGGGGACAUGCGUGAGUGCGUGUGGUGGGUGGAGCCGGGCGCCGGCGUCUUCCAGUUCUCCUCCAAGCACAAGGAGCUCCUGGCGCGCCGCUGGGGCCAGCAGAAGGGGAACCGCAAGCGCAUGACCUACCAGAAGCUGGCGCGCGCCCUCCGAAACUACGCCAAGACCGGCGAGAUCCGCAAGGUCAAGCGCAAGCUCACCUACCAGUUCGACAGCGCGCUGCUGCCUGCAGCCCGCCGGGCCUGAGCACACCCGAGGCUCCCACCCGUGGAGCCGCUGGGGGACCUCACGUCUCAGCCAGGAUCCCCCUGGAAGAAAAAGGGCAUCCCCACACCCUACCUGAUAUGACUUAUGCAUCCCCACCUUUUGGGGGUAGGGGGAGUGCUGCCCUGCCAUAAUCCCCAAGCCCAGCCCGGGCCUGUCUGGGAUUCCCCACUUGUACCUGGGGUCCCUCUGGGAUUUCUUUGUCAUGUACAGACUCCCCAGGAUCCUCAGGUUUUGGGUGACAGGACCUAUGGACCACUAUACUAGGGGAGGCAGGGUAGCAGUUUUUCCAGAAUCCCAAGAGCUUCUCUGGGAUUUUCUUGUCAUACCUGAUUCCCCAGUGAGGCCUGGGACCUUUUUAAGAUCCCCGUGUGUCUGUAAACCCUCAAUCUCAUCUGGGGUGGGGGCCCUGCUGGCAACCCUGAGCCCUGUCCAGGGGUCCCUCUUGUCGGAUCUGAGAUCUCCUCGUUAAUGUCUGGGGCCCUCUGGGAGCUGUUAUCAUCUCAGAUCUCUAUGGCUGUGUUGCCACAUCUGUCUCCUCAUCUUUGAGAUCCCCCAAUUCUCUGGAACCAUUCUGCUGUCCCUUUUUAUGUGUCUGGAGUUCCCCAAUCACAUCUAGGGCUCCUCCAAGAUCCUUUUGUCAUGUCUGAAAUCACUCUUGAAAGGUCUGGGGUGCUGGGGGAUGGGGAAGUCAGUGAAAUGUGUCUUGUCUGGGCCCUGUCAGGGACACCCUUGUCAUAUCUGGGAUCCUCUAAUCACAUCUGAGACCACCUAGGCUGUCCAUCUGAUAUGCCCUUUCAGGGACCCCACAAAGACUGAGUUCUCAUGGGGACCCUACCCUUCCUGGUGGCCCUCCCUAUGGCUAUGCUGAGGACCACUCUGGCCACAUGACUGAUUGUUGGGUGAUCAUGGCAGCUCCCCACCCAUGUCAUUUCUAACCAGAGGUCUCAAGGUGGUCACCCCCUGUCCCCCAACCCAGGCCUUGGUCCCUGGUGAUGGUCUCUUUAGUUCAAAGUAGCAUUUGGCGGUGGAGGUGUGAGGGAUCCACAUUAAAGCAGACCAUCAGCUGGGCAGUGGCUCACACCUGUAAUCCCAGCACUUUGGGAGGUGAGGCAGGGGGAUGGCUUGAACCCAGACGUUCAAGACCAGCCUGGGCAACAUAAUGAGACCUCAUCUCUACAAAACAUAAAAAAAAAAAAAAAUUAGUCAGGCAUGGGGGUGCACACCUGUGCUCCCAACUGCUCAGGAGGCUGAGGUGGGAGGAUCUCUUGAGCCAAGGAAGUCGAGGCUGUGGUGAGCUGUAAUCGUGCCACUGCACUCCAGCCUGGGCGACAGAGCGAGACACUGUCUUAAAAACAAAAAACAAGGCCGGGCACGGUGGCUCAUGCCUGUAAUCCCAGUACUUUGGGAGGCUGAGGUGGGCGGAUCACGAGGUUGAGAGACCGAGACCAUCCUGGCCAACAUAGUGAAAACCCUGUCUCUACUAAAAAUACAAAAAUUAGCCGGGCGUGGUGGCGCGUGCCUGUAGUCCCAGCUACUCAGGGGGCUGAGGCAGAAGAAUCACUUGAACCCAGGAGGCAGAGGUUGCAGUAAGCCUAGAUUGGCGCCACUGCACUCCAGCCUGGGCCACAGAGUGAGACUCCAUCUGAAAACAACAACAAUAAAAAAACAGCAGACCAUUCAAAAUAGGGAGACUUUGCAUAACCCAGAUUUCUACCUUCACUUAAAACUUUGGACGAUCUGGAGAGAGUGGGCCAGUUUUUGGAGGGGUGGUGGGGAGCUGGAACAGGAGGACAGUAGCCUUUCCUAAUGGGAUAUUUGUUCUCCAGUCUGCCCCAGUCACGGCCAUCCCUGGCUAUCUUACCCCAGCAGCUUCUGAAGCCUGUUUGCUUUAGAUCACUGUAUAAACCCAGCUGGAACUGAAGCCUGGGUGGACUAUGGAGCACUGGUUGUGACCCCCAGGGAGUGUCAAAGGCUGAGGGCCAAGAGGCCAGAGGUCCUGGAGCCCGGGUGGACAGGUGGAUCUAGGGUGAAUGACUUGCUGCUUCCCAACCUUAGUUUGUGCCUUCUGUGAAAAACAGAGAGAAAGAGGAGGAAGAUCUCAAAAAGCCUUUCUGGCCCAGUACAGUGGCUCACACCUGUAAUCCCAGCACUUUGGGAGGCCGAUGCAGGUGGAUCACCUGAGGUCAGGAGUUCAAGACCAGGCUGACCAACAUGGUGAAACCCUGUCUCUACUAAAAAUACAAAAUUAGCUGGGCGUGGUGGCACAUGGCUGUACUCCCAGCUACCUGGGAGGCUGAGGCAGGAGAAUCGCUUAGAACCUGGGAGGCAGAGGUUGCAGUGAGCUGAGUUCGUGCCCUGCAAUCCAGCCUGGGCGACAAGAGCUAAACUCUGUCUCAAAAAAAAAAAAAAAAAAAAAGCUGUUGCAGCCCCUGUUGAGCCUUUGACACUGCCUGAAAUCCACCCCACUCCCAGGAGGAGGAGGAGGAAGGAAUACCGAUGACCCAGAGACACGAGAAGUCCAUGUGGAGGCACACAGCAGCUGGUGGCAGAGCCCAGGCUGGGACCAGCCCUCAAGAGAAUGAGUGGGGAGGAGGAGGGAGGAAGGGCAGGUAAAACGUCCUUCCCAGGGCCCCUGCAACGAAGAAAGUACUUUUUACAAGAGCUGUCAUUGUCACCCUAAAUGUGGAAUAAAAUAAGACACAUCGAAGUAGACAAACCUCCUGGGCCUUUUGUCAGGUACUGCAAUCCUGCCCCUCCACUGGGGCCGCUGGCUCUCAGAGACACCGUGACAUCACGGGUGGUGAUGAGAGAGGAGUUCAAAGAGACAAUUAUAUGCUGGUCGGUGGCUCUGAAAUCCCAACACUUUGGGGGGCCGAGGCAGGAAGAUCGCUUGAGUCCAGGAGUUCAAAACCAGCCUGAGCAAGAUAGUGAGACCCCUCCCUACCCGUCUACAAAAAAAUUAAAAAAUUAGCGGG